AGCUUAUACUUGCUAAUAUUUCUAGAAUCAUAAUGAGUAAGAGAAGUGUAGACGAAGAAGAUCCAGAUGUUUUGGAGCAGCAACAUUUCCAGCAUGUUGUGGACGCUUUCAUGUUCUACAGAACAAGUUCCCAACGACAAGCAGAGCGAAAAAUGAAGUCUUUGCAGAAAAUCUCGCAACAACAUUAUGACAUGAUUCCAACUUUAUCGGAUAGAUUAAAAGACAUGAUAAUUGCAAUCGAUGUGAAUUACGAAUUCAUUAAGAAGAUUGUUGGCUUCACAGAAGGUAUGUUUACUAACUCUUCCUUACAAGCAGGAGUAACCCGUGGUCAAGCUACCCCAUUGUCUGGCGACGAUCUCGACCGUGUUAGGACUACAUUAAGGCAAUGCGUAAGAGAUUGGGCCGAAGAAGGAAAAACAGAGAGAGAAAAAUGCUACACACCAAUACUGAAGGAACUAGAAGAGCUAUUCCCAAGUGAUUUAUUUAACCGUUCAUCAGUAUCUGUGUUAGUACCGGGUGCUGGGUUAGGUAGGCUAAUGUUUGAAAUUGCAAAUAAUGGCUUUACUUGCCAGGGUAACGAGUUCAGUCUGUAUAUGCUUUUUGCAUCAAACUAUAUUUUGAAUAUGACUUACGAAACAGAAUGUAUUACUAUUCACCCGUGGAUUCAUCAAACAUGUAAUGUGGUUGGGUCAAACGACCAGUUAAGAGAAGUAAAAAUCCCUGAUGUCAAUCCAAGCUGUGUUGGUCCAAAUUCAACUUUUUCCAUGGCUGCUGGCGAUUUCUUAGAAGUUUAUACGGAACCUAAUGUGUGGGACUGUGUUGCAAUGUGUUUUUUUCUUGACACAGCGCACAAUGUUAUUGAUUAUAUUGAGAAAGUGUACAACAUAUUAAAGCCGGGAGGGUAUUGGAUAAAUUUCGGUCCAUUACUCUAUCACUUUGCUGACCUGCGUGAAGAAGUGUCAAUAGAACUUACUUAUGAAGAGGUGAAAGAUGUUAUACUGAACAAGUUUAAGUUUAUCCUGGUGAAAGAAAACAUGGCAAUAAAAUCCACGUACGUCAACAAUCCACGGUCUAUGUUAAGUAUGGUGUAUGAAUGUGCGUUCUUUGUUGUUCAAAAACCUUUUGUGGAGGAAUAGCAUACAUACAAAUAAAAAUAGCGCAUCAUCUUUAACUUUAAUAAGUUAUUCCCAUUAAAAAAAAAGAAGUUCGUUGGCAAGUAGACAGGAAAGUUGGCAAGUAGACAGGAUAGUUGCUUAUGAAUUUUUUAAAUUCUUUAUCACGCUGUAAUAAAAGUUGUUUUUAAAAUGGCCAUGUAAUUUAAAUGUAGUAUUAAAACUUAGGUUAAAAUAUAUUUUUCAAUUUCUGAA